UUGUGAGAGAGAAUUGACGAGGUGAUGACGGCUGCGGAUGCGACGACGUCGUCUUCGCGGUCGACGGCGGCGGCGAUCCCAUCGAACCUCGCUCUCCUCGCUGCGCUCCUAGCAUGCGCUCUCGCUCAGUUCCUCAAGCUCUUCACCACCUGGUACAAAGAAAAGAGAUGGGACUCGAAGAAAAUGCUCGAUUCCGGCGGGAUGCCGUCGUCACAUUCCGCCACGGUGACGGCUCUGGCCGUCGCCGUUGGCCUUAAGGACGGCACCGGAGGACCUGCCUUCGCCAUUGCCUUUGUCUUAGCUUGCAUUGUUAUGUAUGAUGCCUCAGGAGUGAGACUUCAUGCUGGUCGGCAAGCCGAGUUGCUGAACCAAAUAGUGUGUGAGCUUCCUCCAGAGCAUCCUUUGUCCAGCGUUAGACCUCUGCGCGAUUCACUUGGACAUACUCCGCUACAGGUUGUUGCAGGUGCUGUGUUGGGAUGCAUAGUAGCUUACCUAAUGAGUAACACCAAAUAAGAUACCUUUGCGACCAAAUACCGAUUCUUUGAGCUUCACACUAGUGGACUGUUAACUAGAUGCAGUAGUUUUGGCAACGACAGAGAAAGAGCUGAUGUAAGAUGAACUCCUAGUUUACCGAAAGCGUGUAAUGUAAAGUUGUCUAGGGAAUAGGGGCCUCCACCCAAAUGUUGGGGGACUUCUAAUUUUUUAUGGAUUUGAACAUUGUUCUUGUUGUGUAUACCGAAGUUAUCUUCACUGAAUAAAGACACCCCUUGUGAAA